AGAGCUCCUGCUACGUAAAGCGUUUCUGUCGCAUCGAUUAAUUGUUGUGAUAUAAAUCUGUCAUUAAAUUAAAUUAAGCUGCCCGCUGCGCAGAUACUUGGUUUGAUUUGCAAUAAAAGGGGAUAAUUGGUUGUGAUUUUCGCCAUUUGCAAAACAAUUUUUGUUAGUAACUGUCUUUGGUGAUAAAAUGUUGCAAAACAUUCAACUCUAUUUCUUAAUAAUAGCCUGCUUAGCUAAGGCACAAAUGGAGUUUCCGAGCAGGAUAUUGAACGAUCUAAAAGUCGAGCUUGGCUAUGAGUCUAUACUAUUAUUACAAAAUUCCUCGGAUUGUUGGAUCGAUUUGAAAGCGAUUUCCGAAACACCGAUAAUCAACUUAAAUGCAAAUCAAGAGUAUACACUUCGAAGCCAAUUUAAAAGACGGUUUCUAGCAUUGGUUUGUGUGGAAUAUGAAAAUUCGACGGUAUUAAACGCGCUCUAUACAAAUCUUGAGAAUAUGCGAGACACGGCAACCAUAUUUAUGAUUAACCAUAGAAUCGAUUUUCAGGCUUUGUUAAGGAAUUGCUUGAAGAACCGUAUGCUCAAUGUCCUGGCUAUAGCUACUUGGAGUCCCGGGCAUAUUUACAGCUAUCGGGCCUUUCCUCGGUUUACAAUGGUCAAGCGAAGCAUUUGGCAAGUGGAACGCUACUUUGAGCCACAAUUGAAGGAUAUGGGUGGUUAUCCUAUAGUCACCAUGGCAGACAACGUGUUUCCACGUACUGUUGUCUACAAGGACGCACAAGGACAUUAUCAGCUGUUCGGUUACCUGACGACAUUUAUGGAAAACUUUGCCAAAACUUUAAACGCAACUCUUAAGAUUUCUUGGGACCAGAAGCCUCGGGACAACGAGGUUGUUAAAACGAAAAAAAUUACGCGCUUGAUAAAUACCGGCACAGUGGAUAUACCGGCGAUCAUUAUCAAUAUUGCACUGGACCCCGAUUUCCUGAACUACAGUCAUGUGAUGGAAAUAUCUAAAUGGCAGCUAAUGCUGCCCCUCGAAUCAGAGAUCGACCGUGCAUCGCUGGUCUUUGGUGGUGGAAGCCGAUUGCUGUGCGUGGUCGGGUUGGGUUUCAUGUACCUGUUUGCCCUGCUGCUGCAUAAUAUUAAUCGCCUGGAAUUGGGCAUGGCGCCCAGUGCAUGGUGCUUGGGGGCGUUAACCGAUCCCGUGCUUAGGGCCAUGCUUUAUCAGACAAUAUUGAUGCCAAGACGACCUAGCCUGAGGCUUAAAUACACAUACAUGCUGCUCCUGUUGUGCAGCUUCGUAUGCUACAAUACCUAUAUUUCUCAGCUGGAGACGAUACUGGUGUAUCCCCUUACAAAGCCACCGAUACGCAGCUACCAGGAUAUGCGCCGGGUUGGCCUCAAGGUUAUGUUGGCAGAUCCUGACAAGCGUGCCAUGCUCAAUGCCAUUGGCCAACACGUACUAAGCACUAAUUGGGACCUCCAUGAGCUGGUCGACAGCGCUGUGUUCCAGGCCAUGCGCUGCCUGCCAAAUGCGUCAUAUGCCUAUCCAGUUACCCAAACGAUGUGGCCCUUCAUAGAACGCAAGUUCGCCAGACAAAUUCGGGCACCUUUUCGCCUCUCCAAAGAUUUCACAUUACUUUCGCUCGUUCCCUUUGCCAUACCGCUGUCCAAUGACUCCAUUUACCAUCAGGCCCUCAAUCGUUAUAUUCUGGACACCCACGCCAGUGGCCUGUACGCUUUCUGGUAUCGUCAGAACUACUAUAAACUACUCAGUAUUGGCAAAACGGAGGAGUUGCCCUACAACAAUUUCAGAAGCAACUGUCUUUUAAGCUGGACAGAUCUAUACUACCUUUGGCUAAUUUACAUAUGCAAUGUUUGUCUUUCUCUCGUUAUAUUUGCUUUUGAGCUUUUGAUGAGAAAGCAGUUGGUAUCAAAUGGAGAUAAAUCCAAUAAAACGAAAGAGUGAAAAGCUUUUUUGGAAAAAGUUAAAUGAUAAAGAAACCCAAUUAUUUAGUCAGAAUUUACUUUCAAUAUAAAAUAAU